GCAAGCAAAGCAAGUGAAGUUUCAGGAAGCAGCUCUCGAAAUAGGAAAAUAGUUUAAUUCGUUUGUAAAAUUCUUUGUUUAUAAUGCCGAAACGCGCUCCCUACACUUGGCGGCAACCGGACUUUCCCGGCGACGGCAGCGAUUUGUCCUGGCAGGAUCCCACUUUGCUCGUCAUCUGCCAGAAGGCCAAUGUCCAGGCGGCCAUCCAGCCGCUCCUGCGAUCCCUCAAGCAGCCCUUUGCCCCCGCCCAGGUGGCCAGCAUCUUUGUCCACGAAACGAUGCGAGAUUCGUUCUGUGACCAGGUGCGCAGCUCCAUGGAACCGAUGCACCGCCAGGCGGCCAGCCACGCGCACUACCAGCAGGCCAUCGAAAUGGUCGAUUGCCUCAAAGCGGAAGUGGUCAGCCUGCUGACGCCGGACGACAUCCGUUUCCGGUACAAAAUGUCCACCGCCUCGCCGGUGAUCGUGUGCGAAUUCGAUCAGAGCUUCUUUGGCGGCUCGAGACCCACUUCUGUGGUCACGCUGCACACCUUUCGCCACGCCUCCGAGCUGCCCCGCCUCCUGGCCAAGGAGCGGCUGCCGUUCGCGAGUGCCGCCGUCUGGGGUCCCAAGAUGGCCGCCGUCUACGAGGCGGCCCUGCAUCUGGACCUUCCGGUGGUCUACAUCAACUGCCAGGGCCUCUCGCUGGCCCCCAUCCAGGAGUUCCUCGCCGAGCAGCAGCCGCACGUGGUGCUGGCCAGGUACCACCACUUCGAGGUCAUCCUCCACGGGGGCAAGCACCGGGCAAUUGUCUAUCCGGCGGAGGUCAUCUGGGAGCCCGAGACCCUUGAGUCCCCAGAGCCGCCCAUUCGCCCGUCGGCGGGAGCUCAAGGUCAGCCACCAGCAGAGGGUGAGCUGAUCCAAAAACUUAAUCAACCUCAUCCCAAAUCUCUGGCAAAAUUAACAGUGCUUCAGCUUCGCUAGCUAAAUUUACCAAUCGUUUGUUAAAUUGUUAAAGUUAUGAUGAUAAAUUGUUAAUAGCAAGAAAAUAUUAAAAUAAUUUAGUA